AUGUCUUCGCCCUACGAAGACGACUACACCUACGAAUGUUCAGUAUCUUACACUUAUGAUCCAAAUAAUAAUAAAAAUGUCCUUGAAGAGGAGGAUAUUGACAACGACGACAACGGUUAUUCCCUGAGGAAUCUUCGCAUUUCGGGGUCGUCGAACGUUGCAACGAAAAACAAAGUCAUUCUCAAGGAUCUCAAGAGUAUUACAACGAUUGGAACGGGUACGUUUGGAAGGGUGGAGUUAACGAAACAUCGACGUACGGGACAACAUUUUGCACUUAAAAUUUUAAACAUACACAAGGUUAUAAAAACACGUCAAGUCGAACAUGUACAUAAUGAAAAGAAAGUUCUCAAUCAACUUGAACAUCCAUUUAUUGUAAAACUAAUUAGUACCGAUAAGGAUGAUACGAAUCUGUACAUGAUUAUGGAAUUCAUACCCGGCGGUGAACUGUUCUCCUAUCUACGAGCAUCCAGAGUGUUCUCAAAUGCAAUGAGCCGUUUCUAUGCGGCUGAAAUUGUGUGCGCCUUGGAAUAUAUCCACGGGAAGAAUAUUGUGUAUCGUGAUCUUAAACCGGAAAAUUUGAUGCUAUGUCGGGAUGGUCAUAUUAAAAUGGCGGAUUUCGGUUUUGCAAAGGAGCUACGAGAUAGGACAUACACAUUGUGUGGGACACCGGAAUAUUUGGCACCUGAAUCUUUGGCCAAUAAAGGACAUAACAAGGCUGUUGAUUGGUGGGCGCUAGGGAUUCUCAUUUACGAGAUGAUGGCAGGACGGCCGCCGUUUCGUGGAAGUACUACCUCCGAAAUUUAUGACUCAAUCAUGGAACAUAAACUGAAGUUCCCCAGAAGUUUUAACCUUGUUGCUAAGGACAUUGUUAAGAAAUUACUCGAAAUUGAUCGUACACUACGGCUUGGUUGUAUGAAAAAUGGUGUACGAGAUGUUUUGGAUCAUAAAUGGUUCCAGAAAAUUGAUUGGUCAGAUCUUCGUCAACUGAAAAUUGAGCCUCCCAUUAUUCCAACACUUUAUCAUCCUGGUGAUACUGGAAAUUUUGAUAUAUACGAAGAGGAGAAAGAGCAUGGACCAAUUGCUGAACUCACUGAGAAAGAGAUGUUUGCCGAAUGGUGA